CAUGUUAUAUGCGGCUCUACAAAUAGAGCACACUCACCCGCUCAUCUGCUAAACUACGAUCAGCUCACCAUGAUCUCGCGAGGGCUUAUCGCUUCAUGAGCAGACAUGUCUCACAGCGCUGGUGUUAGAUAUAAUUUAGUUUGUGCUGCUGGACAAUUACUGCGAUCCUCGGCUUUUAGCGCCAUAACCCAAACGAGGAAGAUCACCACGUGCACACUGCGGCGGUUAAACCCAGCCGCGCCGCUGCGGCCUUCACAUCCUCGGUGUGUCUUAGAGGAGCUCCCCGCACACGGUGCGUCUCACUGGGCCAAAAGAGCGAGGUGGCGCCGCUGGACGAGCUCAAGUCAAUCUGGGUUCGCUUCAAGGGUUCCACAGUUUCCCACAUGGGAGCCAGUAGCUGAGAGCCAGCUUCCUCCUUCUACUAAAGUCUCUGUAGACCUCGUGGACAAGUUGGAGAGACUCGCUCUUGUAGAUUUUGGCAGUCAGGAAGGCGUGGAGUGUCUGGAGAAAGCGAUUCGGUUCGCCGAUCAGCUCCAUGUGGUAGAUACAGAAGAUGUGGAACCUAUGGAUUCUGUCCUGGAGGACAUAGCUGUGUAUCUGAGAGAAGACACGGUGACGGAGGGAAACUGUGCAGAGGAUCUUCUUCGGCUUUCCAGAUGCACAGAGGAGGAAUAUUUUGUAGCACCUCCAGGAAACAUUCCUCUCCCAAAGAGAGAGGAACGAAGCGCCAUGCUGAAGCACUCAGAGCUCUGAAAGCAAAAAGAUCAAGCAAGACACUUUGUUACAAUAAACAUGAAGACCUGUUUAAACAAUCUGUCUGUUUCUGUUCAUAUUAAAUAAUACGAGUUAUAACUGACUACAUAUUAAUAAUUCACUUAGAUAAUGGCAGGUUCUAAUUUCCAUAGCUGAAGCAAUGCGA